AUGUCUCACCUUCGAGGUGCACCGGAGCUCGACCCGGAUGGCCAAGACACGGAAUGCGACGAGAUGGACGGUUUGGACGGCUUGCUGCAUGAGCAUGAGGAAGACUCAGCUGACCGGGAAGCGAGGCCGCUGCUGAAGCGAGCGCGAGUCGGAGACGACCGAGACCGACGCGACGAACAGUGGUCCCGCCAUGGGUGCCAGGAUGCUGCGACAGCUGCCGCGGCAAGGGCCUCAACCAGGACUGCUCAUGGGACUUUCAUUGUGUCGUCGUCGUCGUCGUCGUCAUCGCUCGGCGGGCACGGUGGCGAGACGGACGAAACGACGCUCAUCGAAGAGCAGCAGAGAGCUGUUUCACUUUUUUCCCGCCAAACCAUUCCCGCCACUUCUCGAGAGCCAGAACACGAGGACGCGGACGAAGACGCCGAAUUGCCCGAAUUGUCGGAGACGCAAGAUCGUGACGAUGACGAUGAUCCCAGCGAACAGCAAGAGCUCGAACAGCGUGCAAUGCUCGAUUCGAGCCCAAGCCAGAACAUUCAGGUCGUUUCAGAUUCUCCCGUUGUAGCUGCAGUGCAGCCGGAAAUGCCGACCUCGAGCGCACCAAGACGACAUCCACUGGUAGUCUUUGGCCUGUCCACACAACCCGGCGAACCAGAGCCCCCAGUUGCUGUGGUCAACCGCUCGAGGAGGGAGAUGGGUCGGCCCGGCUCGCCGCCAAGCGCAGCAGCCCUCGCUGACGAGGACAGCGCGGUCUUUCAUACUCCGGUGGCCGUUCGGCGAAGAGAGCACACGCUCAGAAACUCGUUGGCUGCCGGCGAGCCAGACAGUGCAGCGCAUUUCCGCUCGCCGGCUGCUCAUGUCUCAUCACCCAUCCGACGGACGACGGCGACCGAUGCUGCUGCUGUGCACCCACCUGGCAUUGAUUUCGUGAUGCAGCUGGAGCAGCAGGAUCCGCCAAUCCAACCUUCUCCAGCGCGAUCUUCCGACGAUUUCCAGUCGCCCAUCGCCGCCAUGAAACGACCUCACGCCCAAGCCUUUGCCGCGGUGCCCACUCGUCCCAAGCCAGCGGAAGCAGCGCGCCUCUCUCCCGUACCACAUGGCAACUCAAACCUGGCCGAGCUUGUUCAAGAGAGUCAAACCUGUAGCAUUUGCUUUGAAUCGUGGUCGAACUCUGGAUUGCAUCGCAUUGUCGCCCUCAAGUGUGGGCAUUUGUUUGGGAAAAACUGUAUUGAAACCUGGCUCAAGAGCGCAGAAAAGUGCCCAGAGUGCAACGGACGAGCCAAAAAAGCGGACGUGCGCAUUCUCAUCGCGAAAACUCUGAUUGCGAUCGACACGACCGAGCGCGACCGUGCACUUCGGCAUCUUGAAGACGAGCGGAAAGAGCGCACGCGAGCACAACAAUCCGAAGCUCGUGCAACCGUCCAGUCGGCCAUGUUUCGCGCCGAAGUUGAACGGCUCGGAAAGCUCGUUUCCGCCCAACGCGAGCGGGAAGAAGAGCUGUUGCGCAGAAUUGCAGCACUGCAGUCCCAGGGCGGCCAGGCGCUGUCUCACGAUGCAGCAGCGUUAGGGACGUCAUCCACGCCCGUGCGGUCUUUGUUUUCGCGCUGCGCCCCCGUCAUUGCCGCCACCACACCAGUACAAGAGAGCUCUAGCAGCAGCAUCAGCAGCAGCAUCAGCAAGGCGACUGUUGACGGAAGCUGGACUCCUGGCCGAGUCUCGUCAUCGAGCGUCGGGGAGGCUGCCCUUGCGUUUGGCACUGCCGAGGUCGUUGUUUCGAAGUGUCUCGCCGCACCACCUUCUGUCCAAAGCACAGCCAUUCCGCCGCCGGAACUUGCCGAAACUACCGAGAAGGCUGCAGAUGAUUUUGACGAGUUUGACGUUGAACCUGGCACCGACGCACUCUUUUCGCGUGCGUUGGAUGAUGUUACUGCUCCUAAAGCAACAGCAGCCUUGCAGCAGUCAAGCAGAUCUCACGCCGCUGAUUCAAUGGCUGCACCACCUCCACUCAACAAUCCUCCUCCGGCCGGCUUUCAGUACAAGACGACCAUUCCAGUAUGCAAGAACGGCUCGGGACGGAUUGCAGGUUUUGAUUCGGUCAACGGAGUUCUUGGCAUUUCAAAGCAAGGCAAUCCGCCUUUUGGCCCCGGUCACGGGAUUCUUAAGCUGAGCACGAUUGACAUGACGUUCAGUCAUUCCGAGUUUGUGGGCAUCCACAACGACACCAUUCGGGAUUUCAAGUUUAGCGAGCGGCCCAACUCUCUCGUCCUCACAGCAUCGGCUGACAAGACUGUUAAGCUUUCGAGUUUGAAAACAAACUCUGUCGUGCUCACAUACCAAGUGAACGGCCCGGCUUGGGCAUGCGCGUGGAACACGGAUGUCGAGCACAUCCUGUACGCAGGCUUGCAGAGUGGGUCAACGCUCGUUUUUGACAUUCGCAACACUCGAGGUCCUGUCUCUUCGUUCAGUCCUUCGAAGGUUCCAAUUAUUUCGCUGCACUACUCGAGCGCCAAAAAUGGACUCACGCACACGACCGAAGGUGCUAGUGUCGACCACGCUUUGCCUUCCAGUCUGCUGAUUGGGACAUUACGAGGACCCUGGAUUUGCGACAUGCCACUGGAUGCUUCGCGCGCAUCAGAGUCCGACGGCGGCCAGCUUCAAGCUCGCCCUGCGCUUUCGGAAGGCGACUUGAGUGGGAGUGCAUGCAGCUGGAGCUACGUGCAUCGCGAGACGCGCACCUGGCUGGCUAGUUUGCGACCAUCUGCAGACCCAACUCUGCCACGCCUGCAGCUUCGAGCGGGCGCCAAGCAAGUGUUACUCAGUCGGUCCACGUUACUGCCCCAUCCCGCCUUCUCUGGGCUGCUACUUGUAGCUGCUGGUGAUGAGGCCACCGGACAAGUGGAUUUGUGGAAUGCUACAACAGGGGAGCGCGUCCAGACGAUCCAGGCGAGAGGAUUUGCGGGCCCCGUAUUGGAUGUCUGCCACUUUCAAGACUCGCGCGCUCAUCGCGACGCCUUGAUGACGUUGACCGCCAAAGAGGCACACGUAUUUGUCUGGAAGCGUUGAAGGACGUAUUGUUUUGUACUAUUUAUUUAGCACGUAUUUAUCACACAACCAGA